GGGGGUAGCCCUGAGCGCACAGUGACACGGGCACGGCACGGGGAGCUGGGGUCAGGCCCCGAGGCCGCCGCCACCGACCGGUGCCUGCGAAACCGGCAGCGGCGGCGGUGACCCCUCCUUAGAGCCAGCCAACGCCGCGACCGCGGCCAGGGAAGGGUUAAGUGUUAAGCUUGUGCCUGUUCCAGCAUCCGCGGAGGGAUACUGAGCCGGAGCCUUGAACGUGGUGCUGCGGCUCCGCAAGCAAAAAAAUGUCUGCCUAGGGGAGCCCACAAGUUCCUUCCAGCGGGGGGCGGGGGUGGCCGGCUCUGCCUCCUACCCAGCGGCCCGGCCGCUCGAGAGCGUGGCCCUGCUGGGUUCGGACGUCACCGCGGGGAAGGAGGACGUAAUUGAAGUGGAGGAAGAUGAAUCCUCAGCAGCAGCGGAUGGCCGCUAUAGGAACCGACAAGGAACUGAGUGACCUGCUGGACUUCAGUGCGGUAGGAUAUUCUUCGAGGUCUUCUUAUGGCUUCUCCACGAUGUUUUCCCCACCUGUUAAUAGUGGGAAAACCAGACCAACUACAUUAGGAAGCAGUCAGUUUAGUGGAUCAGGUAUGGAUGAACGAACAGGAGCUUCAUCUUGGGGAACAGGUGGUCAGCCAAGUCCCUCAUAUGAGCCUUCAAGGGAAAAUGGCAGUGUCCAUGGAAAAAGCUCAGACAUCUCCACAGCCAUAGAAAAGUUGAAACCUCAAGAGGGUUUUGCAGACAGCCCUCAUUAUGGUGAUCACUUGAAUGACAGUCGAUUAGGGCCCCAUGAAGGAUUGUCCCCGACACCUUUCAUGAACUCGAAUCUGAUGGAAGGGGAUCUACCACAAGCUUCAAGAGUAAUGUUUGACUCUUCAUUGCUGUUCCAAACCUCAGUACUGAACUCUAAGGUCAUCAGAAAAACAUCAGAUAGGGGUCCAUUUCCACUAUAUGGCAGAGACCCAGGACUACCAGGUUGUCAAGAAAUUGACGGCCUUUCUGCUAACCAGUCCAGUCUCCUUCGAUCAGAUAUGGGGCUUGGAAGUCCUGGUCAGUUGUCAUCCUCAGGAAAACCUGGAACACCAUAUUACCCAUUUUCUUCUGCAAAUCCACGCCGAAGACCACUUCAUGACUCAUCAGCUCUUGAUCCUUUACAGACAAAGAAAGUAAGAAAGGUGCCCCCUGGUUUGCCUUCUUCUGUAUAUGCACCAUCCCCAAGUUCUGAUGAUUUCAAUAGAGAAUCUCCAAGUUACCCAUCUCCUAAACCACCAAGCAGUAUGUUUGCUAGCACUUUCUUUAUGCAAGAUGGAACCCACAACUCUUCUGAUCUUUGGAAUUCAUCCAAUGGGAUGAGCCAGCCUGGUUAUGGUGGAAUGCUGGGAAGCUCCUCUUCUCACAUGUCACAGUCCAGCAGUUAUGGCAGUCUACACACACAUGACCGCUUGAGCUAUCCCCCACAUUCAGUCUCGCCUACAGAUAUAAAUGCCAGUCUUCCUCCAAUGUCUAGCUUCCAUCGCGGCAGUACCAGUAGUUCACCUUAUGUCGCUGCCUCACAUACUCCACCUAUCAAUGGAUCAGAUAAUAUACUGGGAAACAGAGGAAAUGGGACUGGAAGCUCACAGACGGGUGAUGCACUUGGAAAGGCAUUGGCAUCUAUUUAUUCUCCUGACCAUACCAGCAGUAGUUUUCCAUCAAAUCCAUCAACACCAGUUGGAUCACCAUCACCUCUCACAGGGGCCAGUCAGUGGUCUAGGACUGGAGGACAAGCUCCCUCAUCUCCAAACUAUGAAAACUCUCUCCACUCUUUGAAAAAUCGAGUUGAGCAGCAACUUCACGAGCAUUUGCAAGAUGCAAUGUCCUUCUUAAAGGAUGUCUGUGAGCAGUCUCGAAUGGAGGAUCGCUUGGACAGACUUGAUGAUGCCAUCCAUGUGCUACGAAACCAUGCUGUGGGGCCUUCAACAAGCCUGUCAGGUGGCCAUGGAGACAUACAUAGUUUAUUGGGGCCAUCCCAUAAUGGGCCAAUUGGAAGCCUAAACUCAAAUUAUGGAGCAUCUAGCCUUGUCACAACCAAUCGACAAGCUUCAAUGGCUGGAACUCAUCGGGAAGAAAGUGUCAGCCUCAACAGCAACCAUUCAGUCCUGCCCAGUACAGUGUCUGCUCAGAGCACAGAACUAAAUAAUAAAACACAAGACAAUUACAGAGCAUUGUCAGGUGGCUUGCAGAGCCAGUCUGUGACCAUAGGUCCAGCAGAAAUCAAGUCAGAACAUAAGGAGAAGGAUGAAAAUAUACACGAACCUCCCUCAUCUGAUGACAUGAAAUCAGAUGAUGAAUCCUCCCAAAAGGAUAUCAAAGUUUCAUCGAGAGGAAGAACGAGUACUAAUGAAGAUGAAGACUUAAACCCAGAACAGAAGAUCGAAAGAGAGAAAGAGAGGAGAAUGGCAAAUAACGCUAGAGAACGCUUGCGUGUACGAGAUAUUAACGAGGCAUUUAAAGAACUUGGCCGUAUGUGUCAGCUUCACCUGAAGAGUGAAAAACCACAAACAAAACUGCUUAUUCUUCACCAGGCUGUGGCAGUCAUCCUCAGUCUAGAGCAACAAGUCAGAGAGAGGAACCUAAACCCCAAAGCAGCCUGCCUUAAGAGAAGGGAAGAAGAAAAAGUUUCUGCCGUAUCGGCAGAGCCACCAACACCACACCCAGGAAGCCACCCUGGGCUUAGUGAAACUACCAACCCUAUGGGUCAUAUGUGAACACCAGCCAGAAUUCCAGAAUUAUCGGUAGGAUAUAUAGAAGGUGACCUUUCUUCACAAGGACACAGACAACUAACAUUAUAUGAAGACACAAAUCUGACAGGAGAAAACACUUGAAGCAAGAAACCCAAAUGCAAUCUUAUGAUCAAAGCUACUGGUCAACACCUGCAUCAGAAGUGAAGAUACAAAGAUCUUCAGAUAGAAUUUCAGCCCAUGAAAUACUCUGAACAUAUCAUUCUGUUGCAAGCAGUGUGUCGCUUCUGCACAAUCAGAGACUGUUGUGAUCUCUCCACUCAUCGUGGAAGUUGCCUUGUGCCUAAACUGAAUUGACAAAUGCAUUGUAACUACAAAUUUUAUUUAUUGUUAUGGAACUGUAAAGGUCUACAUAUAAAGGGAAGAGUUAACAUGUUGAAAGCUGAUAGAAUUUCAGCUGAUGCCAGCAUUUGUUAAAGCUGUUCACAUUCAGAGAACAAAGCCGUGACAACCGUUGACCCUUAGCAUUCCCAGCAUACCUAUUAGUGUCUUAAAAAAGGAAGGGAAAAGUCUUUUGUUGUCCUUUCCACUCCUUUUGCCAUAUGACUAGUGUUUUCCAUGCAGUAGGAAAAUAUUCCUUGACAUAGCUUUUUUUUUUAAUGUUAUUUUUGGUCUCUGGUAAUCUGAACAGUUAUGGUCAUCGUCAGCUUCCAUACUGAGCUCCAUACUUCAAGCCAUUAGAAGGCACAGUGAAGACCGCAGACAGGAGCAGUACUGUGACCAUGCCAUUUCUUGGAUUUAAAAAGUGGUAUUGUUUCCCUCAGACUUUCCUCAAAUAAAUAUUUUUAUUUCUAAUUAUAAACCAAACCUUUUUAGGCUUCUAGGCUUCAUAGUAAAGCUUGUAACGUGAAGUGUAAAUUGGGUGGGGAGAAUCUACUUUGUUAGAAUUGCUUUGUUUUCCAAGCAGUAAGUACUACAUAUAGUACAUGUAAAGUGUUAGCUGUAUGUAAGCACAAAAUGCAUUAAAAUACAAAGGAGACUUUUCGGGCUGUAAUUAUGGUGAACUGUAAAAUCCUAAAUUCACCAUGGCAGGUAGUGUGAUGAACUAAACACAGCUGUGGUGGGCUAAUUACAUAAUGGGAGAUUAAGAGCAAUGGUCACCAAUCUUUUUCCUUAUUGUAUACAUUAAUUAUCUUGUCAUUUUUGUAUGGCUUGUCAGUGGAGAAGAAUUCAGUGUGAUUCAAUCAAUUGCAAACAAACCACCCCCUCCCAAGCCAUAUUAGCAUUAAACCAUUAAAUGUUGCUCCACCAGAACAGUGUCCAUAAGUAUUCCUUUGUCACUAAUGUGUUGAUUGUUAAAAUCCCUCUGAACUUCCAUGGAAACUGUCUUCCACUGCAAUGACCAUGGGGGAAAACUAUCAAGCCAAGGUUGUCUUAGUUAUUGUUUGCCACCAGUGAAAGAGGCAAUACCCAAUCAGCUCACACACAAAAAAGGAACAAAACAAUUAAUCAUUUAAAAUAAUUUCAGUUAAUUUGAAAGAACAAAAAAAAAAAAGACUGUUAAAACAGACUAAUAAAUUUAAAAUCAUGUUUUGGAUGGUUCCUAACAAACGGGUUGUUUGUGAAAUUAGUGGUUUCAUUCUAUUACUUUAAUUAAUUUGAAUAUAUCAUCAGAUAAUAUCUGACUAUAUCUGUGGCCUUGUUCUUCAUUUCAGUGUUUAUCAGCUAAACAAAUUUGUCGCUUAUGAUGUGUGAAAGUGAUCACGUGCCACUGCCGGGCCUUUUUCCUUCUAAGCUUGUUGUCUUUUUGGCUAUAUUAGACUUUGCAGUAUGCCCAGAAGCUUUCCUUCAUAAAAUAGAAAGAAAAAAACAUUUGGCUUAUUUUUCACUGUAGCUAGUCUUUUAUACAAUAAUCUUGUAAGAAAAUUUCUUGAAUUCUAAAUAUUACUCUUUCUAGAUUUUUGAAAUCGAAAAAGUUUUCAGUAAAAAGUUUCUUACUUUAUUUUACUAUAUUAGGUAGUAAAAAUGUAGGGUUAUUUACCAUAACAUGUUCAUUAAUAUCAGAAAUUUACAAUAGCAUUGUAAGACCAUAGUAGGGUUCUAGCAUACCGUGUAGUACCUAUGGAGUAUUGUAAGAGCUAAUUGUCCGAGAUGAAUUGCUUCUCAUCUUGUUCUCCAGUUUCCAUUGUUGGUUUAUUGCAGAUUUGUACCCUGUGUCAAAUUUCAAGGUAUUGCUGAUAAAACCUUUUCAACCAGCAGCAAGAAGUUCAAAAAAAUUUCUGUCAAUGUAACAGAAAACACUAUGUAUAUAACAUUUAUGUAGCAAUAAAUGUGCCAUCUUUUUUAA